CGAACAUUUGAAUUUUUAGAUGUUUUAGAAUUUAUUUAUUUUUUGACCAGCCUUCGGUUCAUAGGAACAAAACGGACAGCUAAAUGAAUUUGAUUUCUUGCUUCCACUGAAGACCUUGGGAAUGGAACGAUCACAAAGAACGGACAUUCGUGAGCGCCUAUACAAUCGGGAUUUCGAUCCGAACUCUGAAAUUACGAACCUAAUUUCGCGGGGAAACGGUGUAGCGCAGAUUGAAGCCACGCGUAGACGAUUUGCUGAACACAAGGAAAAUGCCGUUUUGGAGUUGCGAAAGAAUGCCUUCAAAUACCACAAUGUCAUCAUCAACGCGUCCAAGGAAAUGCAGCAGUUGGAAAAAAAUCUUGCGGACUUGAAGGCAACGCUGGUUGAUGAAAAAACCGCUCUAGACAAUGCGGUGGAAACUUCGGAAGAAGCACUAGUUGCGCGUCGAGGCGCUGGCAAUCGACGAGCCGCUAUUAUUCAGACUAGCUCGCUGGAUGGGAUCGUUAAACGUUUCCGGACAGACGAAGAAACGGAAACGCACGAAGACUCUCAGUUGCCAUUGUGGUUCAAAGAUGCGGCUACGGACAUGGAGGAUCAUUAUGAGAUGCGUAAUUUUGUUGCGGCUGUUCGUCUGUUAGGCCAAGCCAGAGAGUUUUACCAGGCGCUGAACGACCAGACAGUUAUUGCACAGGCUGAACCUUUCUAUAGGAUGGUUUUGGAAGUGGAGGAAGGCUUAAUUGAGCGGCUGUUGCAAGGACUCAAAAGUGCUAUGGAGUGUCCAUUCGGAGUGGAUACCAAACUGUGCCAGCAGUUUGCUGAGCACCUGAAAUUGCUCAACCGUAGCUACGAAGCUGGCAUUACUUUUCUGGAUAACCAUACCAGAAUGUUGAAGCUGACCGUUUCGGGAAUAAAAAUGGAAGGAAGUAUACCUGUAUAUAUGAAGAAACGCAGUGAGGCCUUUUUUAAGCACCUUUCCAAAACCGUAUUGGACUACGAAGAAUUUGGCUUCCAGAGCCCGAAGUGCAAAUCAGCUCUAACUGGAUGGGUGCGGUUCCAUCUUACUACAUUCCUUUCUCAGCACGAAGAUCUGUUAUUCACUGACAGCCCAAAUCUUUCUGUCGCUGCUGAAUGCAUAAAAAUUAUCCGGGAGUCUUCCAACCAGGCUACUUUGGUUGGAAUGGAUAUCACGGCGUUACUGGACUCGUGCAUGGAGGACAACUGUGUGCGGCUUAUUGCCUUUCAAGUGGACCGCUUUGCUGAAUUACAGACAACUGCCCUGCAGGGUGCUAAAAUGCAGCCGACAGUUUUCGACAGCAAAGAAGCACUGAAAGACUACCUCGACCGAUUCGCAUCAUCGGGCCUGGGAUUAGCUGUGGCUUAUGUCGGUGCGCUGUUCCGUAAUACUGCCUUUUUGACGGGGCACCGCGGCAGAAGAGGGAGCAGUAGUCAAAGGGAUUUUCUAACCAGUUCUGUACUGCUGGUGGAUGAUGGAUUGAGAUUGAAUAUAUCGUCGGAUUUUAUCGACUUCGCAAAACAGUUCUUGCAGUUCGCCUGUGAUAUUAUGGAUGUUUGUCCCUCUUUCCUAAUGCGGAAUAUCCAGUUGUGGUUACAAAAGACAUUUUCGCCGUGUUUAAAAUCAUUGCAAGUAUUUGCCGCGAAAACAUCGGACAAUAAAGUUAAUCCAGAACAGGUGAUUGCCGAGGCCGUUGUUUUUAAAGGAGCGCUGCCAUUCCAUGAACAAAAAGCGGUGCGGGUCAGCCGCACUGACCUUUUCGAUCUCUUGAAGCUCCGUCAGAGGGGACGCACUAUAUGA